AUGGCAGCUACUCACACGCUGCCCAGUGCCUACCCCAGAUGGAUCAUCAGAUCCAAAGCAAUAUCCAGAUGCGUGCACCACCGCUUCGGCAGCCAGGCCGGCGUCGUCAGCGCGUGCAUCACCCAGCCGGCGCCCGAUGGCAAGCUCUCUAUAAACAAGCGCCGCCAGGACCGCGCCCGAGAGCCACACACGAGAGCAGUGGCGUCAGGUGAUCAGGUCCGCGUCGUGCUCGUGCACUCUCUUCAGGUGAGGUGUAGUGCAGUGAAGGAGCAAAAAACAGGAGGUGGUGGCCAGUGCUCAGUGAUCACCGAGGCCGCGGGGGAGGGAGGAGACCUUCAGAUGGGGAAGCGGGCGGUGGUGGUGGUGGCGGUGAACGGGCAGAGGUACGAGGCGGCCGGCGUGGAGCCGUCGACGACGCUGCUCGAGUUCCUCCGCACCCGGACGCCCGUCAGGGGCCCCAAGCUCGGCUGCGGCGAAGGUGGCUGCGGUGCAUGCGUGGUCCUCGUCUCCAAGUACAACCCAGCCACCGACGAGGUGACUGAGUUCUCGGCGAGCUCCUGCCUGACGCUGCUCCACAGCGUAGACCGUUGCUCGGUGACCACCAGCGAGGGCAUCGGCAACACCAGGGAUGGCUACCACCCCGUGCAGCGGCGCCUGGCCGGCUUCCACGCCUCGCAAUGCGGCUUCUGUACGCCCGGCAUGUGCAUGUCCAUCUUCUCCGCCCUCGUCAAGGCCGACAAGGAGGCCAGCCGUCCUGCCCCACCCACAGGCUUCUCCAAGCUCACCACCUCAGAGGCUGAAAAGGCGGUGUCCGGCAACCUGUGCCGAUGCACCGGCUACAGGCCCAUAGUCGACGCCUGCAAGAGCUUCGCAGCAGACGUCGAUCUUGAGGACCUGGGUCUCAACUGCUUCUGGAAGAAGGGCGACGAACCUGCACAUAUCAGCAAAUUACCAGGCUACAACAGUGACGCCGUCUGCACCUUCCCGGAGUUCCUGAAAUCCGAGAUCAAGUGCUCGAUGGAGCACACGAAUAGUUCUCCGGUGGCAGUCUCCGAUGAUGGCUGGUAUCAUCCUAAGAGCAUCGAAGAGCUUCACAGGGUGUUCAAUUCCAACUGGUUUGAUGAGAAUUCUGUGAAGAUUGUGGCUUCAAACACCGGGUCUGGAGUGUACAAGGAUGAGGACCUCUAUGACAAGUACAUUGACAUCAAAGAAAUCCCAGAGCUUUUAGUCAUCAACAGAAGCAGCAAGGGAAUUGAGCUUGGAUCGGUUGUGUCCAUCUCUAAAGCUGUCGAGGUUUUGUCGGAUGGAAAUCUAGUCUUUAGAAAGAUUGCUGAUCACAUGAACAAAGUAGCUUCACCAUUUGUUCGGAACACUGCAACCAUAGGUGGAAACAUAAUCAUGGCACAGAGGUUGCAGUUUGCAUCGGAUAUUGCAACCAUACUGCUAGCUGCCGGUACUACAGUCACUAUCCAGAUGGUUUCCAAAAAGUUAAGCCUCACCUUGGAGGAAUUCUUACAACAGCCUCCAUGUGAUUCUAGGACCCUGUUGCUGAGCAUAUUUAUCCCAGAUUGGGGUUCAGAUGGCAUCACCUUUGAGACUUUCCGAGCAGCCCCUCGUCCAUUUGGCAAUGCUGUCUCAUAUGUCAAUUCUGGUUUCUUGGCAAGGACUUCAGUGGAUGUAAAGUCAGGUGAGCAUCUCAUUAAGGAUAUAUGCUUAGCAUUCGGGGCUUAUGGAGUUGAUCAUGCCAUCAGAGCUAGGAAGGUAGAAGAUUUCCUCAAGGGAAAAUCGGUGAGCUCGUCUGUUAUACUAGAAGCGGUUCAGUUGCUUAAAGAAACUAUUACACCAUCAGAAGACAUAACACAUCCUGAGUAUAGAAUCAGCUUGGCUGUCAGUUUCUUGUUCACCUUUUUAUCUUCCUUCGCCAGCAGCUUCAACGAACCAGCAAAGGUUAGUGUUACCAAUGGGUCACACACUAAUGAGACUACAAAUGGUAGCACUGGAUACUCAGCAGAGGAGCAUCUUAAGGUUGACAGCAGUGAUGUGCCAAUAUGCUCAAGACAAGAAAUGGUUUUCAGUAAUGAAUAUAAGCCAGUCGGCAAGCCGAUCAAGAAUGCAGGGGCAGAGCUCCAAGCUUCUGGAGAGGCUGUGUACAUUGAUGAUAUCCCUGCUCCUAAGGAUUGCCUCUAUGGAUCAUUUAUCUAUAGCACACACCCUCAUGCUUAUGUGAAGGGCAUCAACUUCAAAUCAUCUUUGGCCUCACAGAAGAUCAUCACAGUCAUCACCGCGAAGGACAUUCCAAGCGGCGGGAAAAAUAUUGGAUCCAGCUUCCCAAUGUUGGGAGAAGAAGCGCUUUUUGCAGACCAUCUUGCUGAAUUUGCUGGUCAAAAUAUUGGAGUCGUGAUUGCUGAAACACAGAGGUAUGCUUAUAUGGCUGCAAAACAAGCUGUUGUUGAGUAUAGCACAGAAAACCUGCAGCCACCAAUUCUGACAAUAGAAGAUGCCAUCCAACACAGCAGCUACUUCCAAACUCCACCAUUUUUAGUUCCAAAGCCAGUUGGUGAUUACAACCAAGGGAUGUCUGAAGCUGAUCACAAAAUUUUAUCAGCAGAGGUCAAACUUGAAUCCCAAUACUAUUUCUACAUGGAGCCACAAGUCGCACUAGCUAUUCCAGAUGAAGACAACUGUAUAACCAUCUAUUCCUCAACACAAUUGCUUGAGAUCACGCAAAGUGUGGUUGCAAGGUGCCUUGGCAUUCCAUUUCACAAUGUCCGUGUGAUCACCAGAAGAGUUGGAGGAGGCUUUGGUGGAAAGGCAAUGAAACCAAUGCAUGUUGCAUGUGCAUGUGCCGUUGCCGCAUUCAAGAUGCGGCGUCCUGUUAAGAUGUACCUUGACCGCAAGACAGACAUGAUAAUAGCUGGCGGGCGACAUCCUAUGAAGGCGAAGUACUCAGUUGGGUUCAAGUCAGAUGGCAAAAUCACUGCUGUACACCUCGAUCUUGGUCUCAAUGCUGGAAUAGCACCGGUUCUGAGUGCGUUGUUGCCAGGUACUAUCAUAGGCGGCUUCAAAAAGUACAACUGGGGCGCUCUUGAUUUUGACAUCAAGGUCUGCAAGACAAAUGUCUCAUCGAAGUCAACAAUGCGGGCUCCUGGAGGUGCGCAGGGGUCUUUCAUUGCAGAAGCCAUCAUUGAGCAUGUUGCAUCCACGCUCUCGGUUGACACUAACACCAUCAGGAGGAAGAACCUUCAUGACUUCGACAGCCUUGCAGUGUUCUAUGGAGAAAGUGCAGGCGAAGCUGCUACCUACAGCCUGGUCUCCAUGUUCGAUAAGCUAGCGUCAUCUCCAGAUUAUCAGUACAGAGCUACUAUGGUAGAACACUUCAAUAGCAGCAACAAGUGGAAGAAACGUGGCAUUUCUUGUGUGCCGAUCACGUAUGAGGUACACCUCCGUCCGUCUCCAGGCAAGGUGUCCAUCAUGAAUGAUGGUUCCAUUGCUGUCGAGGUUGGAGGAAUUGAGAUAGGCCAAGGCUUGUGGACGAAAGUGAAGCAGAUGACAGCAUUCGGGUUGGGACAGCUGUGUCCUGAUGGGGGUGAAUGCCUCCUUGAUAAGGUGAGGGUUAUCCAGGCCGACUCACUGAGCAUGAUCCAGGGAGGGUUCACUGGUGGGAGCACCACUUCUGAAAAUAGCUGUGAAGCCGUUCGACAGUCGUGCACUGAACUUGUUGAGAGGCUGAAGCCUAUAAAGGAGAAUCUGGAGGCUAAGGCUGGCACAGUGGAAUGGAGUGCCUUGAUUGCUCAGGCAAGUAUGGAGAGUGUGAACUUAUCGGCACAUGCGUACUGGACCCCUGAUCCAACGUUGAGAAAUUACUUGAACUAUGGAGCUGGCAUCAGUGAGGUCGAGAUUGAUGUCCUGACAGGAGCAACCAAAAUCCUAAGGAGCGACCUCAUGUAUGACUGCGGGCAGAGCCUGAACCCUGCUGUGGACUUGGGUCAGGUCGAAGGCGCAUUCAUCCAAGGAGUGGGCUUCUUCACAAACGAGGAGUACGCAACGAACUCCGACGGCAUGGUCAUCCACGACGGCACAUGGACGUACAAGAUCCCCACGGUCGACACCAUCCCGAAGCAGUUCAAUGUCGAGCUGAUCAACAGCGCCCGCGACAAGAAGCGUGUCCUCUCUUCCAAAGCGUCGGGCGAGCCGCCGCUUCUUCUCGCGGCCUCGGUGCACUGCGCGAUGAGGGAGGCCAUCAGGGCCACCAGGAAGGAGUUCUCGGUCUGCACCGGGCCUGAGAACUCCGCCGUCACGUUCCAGAUGGACGUGCCGGCGACGAUGCCCGUUGUCAAAGAGCUCUACGGCCUCGACGUCGUCGAGCGAUACCUCCAGAGCCUGUCGGCCGGCCCAUCCACCGCAUAACCAUAGAUCCAGCAGACUGCAAGCGCCUUGCCCGUGCAGGAGGUUGAUAAUCGGUGUAAAUAAAAUAAAAAUAAUGGCAUGUUUCGCUAUGUGUUGCUCUAAUGUACAGAUGACAGAGAAAUGCCAAGCAGAGAGCUGUGAUCUUGUGAAUCAGGAGUGAUGAACAAUUUUUUUUUUUGACAGGAA